AUGGAAAGUGAAAAACAAGGCGACUUAGGCUUUAGUCAUAUUGGACUGAAGGCGCGCUCACCUGAGGGCCAUGCAGCACGUGCAAUGAAUAUUAAAGGUGACGAGUUUAUUUGGAUUGAGAUUCAAGAAAAAACCUUUACGAAUUGGGUAAACGAGCAAUUAAAACCAGUGAAUUUAAUAGUGCAUGAUUUAAGAACAGAUUUCUGUGAUGGACUGAAACUUCUAGCUUUGAUUGAAAUACUCCAGAAGAAAAAGUUGAAAAAGAUUAGAAAACCAAUCAAUCAGCACCAGUACCUGGAAAACGUACAGACUGCGCUAAACGCUAUGGCUGCUGACAACAUAAAACUUGUAAAUAUAGGUAACACAGACAUAGUAGAAGGAAACCUGAAGUUAAUACUGGGAUUAAUUUGGUCUCUGAUCUUAAGAUACCAAAUUGGUCGAACCAAUUUCCCACCAAGGAAGCUAAUGCUGGCAUGGUUGCAGUCUACUCUACCAGACUUGAAUAUCACCAACUUUACAAGAGAUUGGAACAAUGGCAUAGCUCUCAGUGCCCUAAUAGACUACUGUGAACCAGGACUGAUUUCAAAAUGGAAAUCUCUUAAUCCAGAAGAGCGAGAGAGAAACUGUUCCACUGCCAUGCAAAUAGCUAAGGAAGAGUUUAAUAUUCCAAUUCUACUCAACCCAGAAGAUAUUGCUAGCCCAAAUCUGGAUGAACUGUCCGGAAUGACUUACUUAUCCUAUUUCAUGAAGGAAAACAGUCCAGGGUAUAAGUCCACUUUAAAUUGGGUGCAGAAAAAACUUCCAGACUUAAACAUUCAAAAUUUCACUACUGACUGGAAUGAUGGCUUAGCUUUGUGUGCCUUAGUUCAUUCACUGGGAGCCAGCAUACCAGGAUAUUCUCAUCUCAGUCAAGAGCGAUCAGCAUGGGAGAAAAACUUGAAAUUUGGUAUGAAUGGUGGAAAGUACUUGGGAGUGGAACCACUUCUGACAGCCAGAGAAAUGGCAGAUCCAGAGGUUGAGUACCUAGGUACAAUGGCCUAUAUCUCUCGCUUUCAGUGGAUUAGACCACGAAAACGACCCAGUGAAAAGAUCAGCAUUAUGGGAAUUGACUUGAAUACUGUUCACAUAAAUAAACCUGCACAUUUUAAGAUUAACAUAUUGGAUGAAAUGGUAGACUCAAAAAAAAUCAAAGCUGAAGUUAAAAGCUCUUCAGGAAAAAUUGACUGUCGACUAAGCUUAAACAGAACAGGUGGAACUGGAACUUUUAUCCCUGUAGAAACAGGCAUGCAUGAAAUUAACUCUAAUGGUGAUGCUGAAGGAAGCGUUUUAGUUGAAGCAAUAUCACCUACAGGUAGAAGACUUCCUUGUAAUGUAUCUGAGAAAGAUGGGGUUUACACAGCCACAUUUACUCCAGAUCAGAUUGGAGAAUGGAAAAUCUCAGUAACUUACUCAAGAGAACACAUUGAAGGAAGCCCAUUUACAUGUUAUGUUUUUGAUCCAAGCCAGGUUAAGGUGAAAGGUUUAGAGCAGUUAGUAAAAGGAGAACCUUCUACAUUUCUUUGUGAUGCCAGUGAUGCUGGCUGGGGAAAAGUGAAUAUUGAUGUGCAGUAUAAUAAACGCAACCUUCCUCUGAUGGUUGAUGAGAGGGGGAAUGGUAUCUCUUGGGUCACCUUCACACCUUCACAGGAUGGCAAAUACAGAAUAUAUGUAACAUUUAAUGAUAUGCAUAUCAAAGUUUUUGGGAGUGAGUUUAAAAUCAUAUCCUUGAAUUGA